CCAUCAUUGGUGUCAGUGGGUGGAGGAAUAGGUUGCCCCAUCAUUGGUAUCAGUGGGAGGAAUGUGCCCCAUCAUUGGUGGUCAGUGGGAGGAAUAGUGCCCCAUCAUUGGUAUCAGUGGGAGAAUAGUGGCCCCAUCAUUGGUAUCGAUGGGAGGAAUAGUGCCCCAUCAUUGGUGUCAGUGGGAGGAAUAGUGCCCCCAUCAUUGGUGUCAGGGGGAGGAAUAGUGCCCCAUCAUUGGUAUUCAGUGGGAGGAAUAGUGCCCCAUCAUUGGUGUCCAGGGGGAGGAAUAUGUGCCCCAUCGAUUUGGUAUCAACUGGGAGGAAUAGUGCUCCCAUCGUUGGGUGUCAGUGGGAGCAAUGAAUGCCCCAUCAUUAGUAUCAGUGGGAGGAAUAGUGCCCCCAUCAUUGUUGGUCAGUGGGCGGAAUAGUUCCCUCAUUGUUGGGUGUCAGUGGGAGGACAUGAAUUGCCCCAUCAUUAGUAUCAGUG